GGGAAAACUGUAUUAUCUGGAGGCUUAGAUGCUUUGGAAUUUAUUGGGAAGACAACCAUGAAUGUCCUUGCAGAAAGUGAUCCGGGAUUUAAGAGAACCAAAACACUGAUGGCAAGAACAGUUUCUCUUUCUCAGCUGUUGCGAGAAGCUAAAGAAAAAGAGAAACAGAGGCGGGCCCAGCAAGUUACAGUUGAAAGAACAGCACACUAUGGACUGCUUUUUGAUGAAUUCCAAGGUUUGUCUCAUCUUGAAGCUCUGGAAAUCCUGUCAAAUGAAAGCGAAGCUCAGAUUCAGUCAUAUUUAGCAACACUUGAUGGGGAGCAGUUGGAGACUGUGAAAAAUGAUUUAAUUGCUAUAAAAGAGAUUUUUGUUCCGAAGGAAUCAGAUGAUGAAGUGGUGCAGGAACAAAAAGCAGAUAUGGGAGAAGAGUUUGUCAGCAUGCUCACUGAACUGCUGUUUGAAUUGCACGUUGCUGCUACUCCUGACAAACUUAAUAAGGCUAGGAAAAAGGCUCAUGAAUGGCUGGAAGAAGCAAAUUUUUCCACCCCAGGAGACACAGAAGAGAAGCUAAAAGAAAAAGCUGGAGAACCUGGUGAAGAAAAGACUUCUGAAAAAGAAGAAAAAAUUGAUAGUGAUAAAACAGAAGUAGAUAAAAAAAAAACUGUGGAGGAAAUGUACAUGCUGUCCAUUGAAAGUCUGGCUGAGGUAACUGCUCGUUGUAUUGAACAACUUCAUAAAGUAGCAGAAUUAAUUCUACAUGGGCAGGAUGUAGAAAAAACAGCUCAAGAUCAAGCAAAAGUAUUGACAAAUUUAACAAGUGCCAUGUGCAAUGAAGUUUCAUCUUUAUCAACGAAGUUUUCCGUUUCUUUAACAGCAGCUGGGAGCCGUAUGAAGGCAGAGGUUCUUAACCCCAUCAUCAACAGUGUGCUGUUAGAGGGCUGCAACAGUGCUACUUACAUUCAGGAUGCUUUCCAGCUAUUGCUUCCAGUUCUGCAGAUUUCACAUAUCCACACCAGCUGUUUGAAAGCACAAGAGUGA